AUGUAUGGUUUCACAUCUGGACCUCCUGUACAGUCUAUUCCUGCGUUUCUUACUAAACUAAAGUUACUGGUGGAUGAUGAAGAAACAAACGAUCUCAUAUAUUGGGAUCCGCACGGGACAAGCUUUCACAUACGUGAUGGAAACCGCUUAGCCAAAGAAUUACUACCCCUUUAUUUCAAACACAACAAUUUAUCUAGUUUCAUAAGGCAGUUAAAUAUGUAUGGUUUUAGAAAAAUAAAUCGUGUGGAUCCGUCUCUUCCUUUAAAAUCUGACACUGAAGACAUGGAAUUCAGUCAUCCUUACUUCAUCCGCAAUAAAGAUAUUUUGCUAUCCAAAAUUCAGAGGCGGACCUCAAACAUGUUCUCGCCAAUACUGGGGUCAAGAAAUCAAAGUUUUGGUGUGAAAGUACCUUAUGUUCAAACUAAUUCGGGUUUAAAUGGUUCCAUAAGUGUAUCACCCCAAAGACCAAUAACUGCCACAGACUUCUUAAGAUUGGCAGAGACUGUACGGCACUUGCGUUGUAAUCAGGAGGCUUUAAGUCAACAAAUUAGUGUGUUAAAGUCGGAAAAUCAGCUUUUGUAUCGUGAACUUUCUGAUUUACGAGAACAUCACGACAAACAAUCCCAACUUAUUCAGACACUCUUCACAUUCCUGUCAGCAUUUGCAAAGGAAGGAAGGUCUGCAAGCGUGUGCAUCGGACAGACAAAACGUAAAGCUCUUCCUUCUAUUACUCCAUCCGGUUCAAGAUUUCAAAACAAAGAACUAAAGCUGGAUCUUCGAAAAGGUUUCCAAAUUGAAAGAAACUCUGUUCAACCACUUCAACUUGUCCAAACUAGUGAUUUGCUCGGACCACAUAAGCGCCCUAAAUUCGACUUACGAAAUUUGUCUGCAAAAAUAGGCAAUACAAGUUCCGGUGCAAAUAUUACUGACCAGAUUUCAGAUAUUGGAUCAGUUGUUCAUAUUCUCCCUUCAAAUCUUCAGCUUACUCCAGUGAAUCUUGGUAAUGACGGUAAAUAUGUAUACUCUUUAACUGGUUCAUCACAAGAGUGUGACGUAAAUAGACAAAGUUUGGUUGAUAAAAAUCCUGCGAAUGUUCAAGAUGAACCGAGAUACUAUCUGUCUAAGGUGGACGAUAAUCUCAUGCAUCCCACAAAUGAUGAAGAGUUUCCUGUAGGCCUUAAUAUUGAGGAAGACGGUGUUACAGAUGUGAAUAAUUCUAUUCUAGAGUUAAACUGGCCAUGUAGUAGAUCAGAUACGCCUUACUGUCUAACUGAUUCUCCUGGCUUGAGUGACGUAAUACCUUCAAAGUUAGAUGGUGUGACAGAUGAAAGUAUUUGUGACCUGCUUCUUAACUGUGACUCACAAACCGAACAAGUAGUCGGUAACAAUCAGUCUCUCCCAGAGUCUACCAUUUCAAAAUACACGAAGGAGCCAAUAAGAAAACAGCAUAAAAUUCAGAACAGACCCCGUUGUAUCGACAUUGACAGUCUUCCAUGGGAGAAGUAUCAAGAUAGUGGUUUUGACUUUAACCUCGAUGUUGAACAAAAUCAAACAGAAAAUUCAAGCAGUUCUUCAAAUGGUCUUAUAGUCGGCAAUGAAAUUAUUCCGGUAGAACCCGUUAAUUUAAACGCAUGUGAUGAUGUUAUCCAGUUCUUGAGGAAGAAUUCGAAUAAUGUACAAUCCAGUGCUCUUCAUUUCAUUGUAAUUCCUACACACAGUAGUUUCCCAAAGAAUUUCUUCACGAUAAAGAUUCGCCAAAGUAAUAUAUCAUGA